GUCUGCAUCAUUACGUUGACGAAACAGCCGAAUGACGAAAGCUAACUUUGAGGUAGCACCCCCGAAACAUGUCCCUCGUCUUGGGCUAGCCGGGCUCAAUUCAACCGGGAAUGGGAGCCUUUUUCCACACUGACGCUGCCGUUUUAUAGCCCCAGCCUUGCAAGUGGGGGGUAGUCAUUCACCGAGGUCACAAGCUUCCACGUUAUAUCCAAAGAAGAUGGCGGAGUUCUCGCCCGUGCUACCGAUGCGGGAUGGAGGAGCAGUGGGGCGAUCCAUCUUCCCUCGGUCCAGGUCCGGUUCCGAGUCCGAGAGCGAACUCUCCCAAAGCCUGGCUCGGACAAAGAUCCGUUCAUACGGAAGCACGGCGAGUGUCACUGUCUCUCUGGGGGAGAAAUUCAUCGAGCAUCGGGUUACACAAAGUGAUACUCUGCAGGGGAUUGCCCUUAAGUACGGUGUAACGAUGGAGCAAAUCAAGAGGGCAAAUAAGUUGUUCAGCAAUGACUGCAUCUUUCUGAAGGACAUUCUCAACAUCCCCGUGGCAGCCCCCAAGCGCUCCAUUUUUAACGGACUGUCUCUGGAGUCUCCCGACGGGGACGGCGAGUCUGCUUGUCAGUCCGAGACCCCUAGUGUCCUGUCGCAAGAUGUUGUCGGACCUUCGCCUGCAUCCUCACCGCCGCCUGAAGAUUCCACGGCCCCCCGACCCCAAGCGGAGGAGCUCUCUGCCAAAGACUUCUUACACAGACUGGAUUUACAAAUCAAACAAUCAAAGCAGGAGGCACGCAGACUGAAAGAAGAGGAAGUAAGGAGCGACGAAAGCGACUUCACGGCACUUACCACGUCAUACCAGGAAAUAUAACGGACCAUUGCGUUUACCUGAAUCUUUCUUGUUUGUUUACCUUCUUGCUUGUUAUGUUUGCCUUUUAUUUAUUAUGCACAUUCAGAUGUUACGAUGUGAUUGUUUUUUGUACAGUUACACUUGAAAAGACAGACAGCCUAAGUGAAGCAUCUCUUAUACAGGUACUAUCCAUCUAUUUAUAUACGCUGCUGCUGUAUAGACAAGACUGCCCCCAGCUGCACAUGUGCGCAUCAGUAUUUAACCCCGGCUGAAACAUCAGGUAAUAGACUACAGUCUGUAUACUCAUCCCAUUAGCUCCCUAAAAGCAUUUUGCUCAAGAUCAGAAAGGGACGCCUCUAUUUUUGGAGUGCAUUAUUUAUGUGUGGAGUGUUUUUAUGUGCUUUGAAAUUGAAUUUGUUUUAAUGUUUGGAGCAGAAUAAAUGACUGUACCGAACAAAACAAUUUGAAUAAAAAAUUUUUGUUUUUGCUUUCAUUUUUUUCUUUAAAAGAUAGAUACUAAAUGGCAUAAAUGGAAGCACAAACAAAACUGGCGUUUGUUUUCCGUCAGUGUAUUUAAACCUCAUUUGUGUGUUACUUUGUUGCUCUAUUAGACCUAGUAAGCACACUUGCAAAGAAAAGACAUUUUUUUAUUUGCUUACACACUCUAGGAAAGAAAAAAAAUCACAUAUUUACAUUUAAAAAUGGCUCUUGUGUCUACUCGGAUGGAAAUGUUCAAAUCUUACAGACACAUGGAGUGGAAUGAUUGACACGUCGCCCCCUUGUCGGCCCGAGUUAUUACUGCAGUUCGCUGAAGUGUAAUCCACAAAUAUAUUUUUGGUCACAUGAAAAGCAAGAAUAGAAUAAGAUUGCACAUAUACACAGAAAAAGAGGUGGUUACAUGGUAAUGUAAUGGUACAAUGUAAUUUUAAUAUACAGUGCUGGUAAAAAAAAAAAAAAAAAAAAAUCGACAAAAUGACCAGUUUCUCUGAUUUUGCUUUUUGUAAGACUGAGUAAAAUGACAAAAA